AUGAGUGGAUUGCAAUCGCCAAUUUCAUGGGUGGUGGCUUACAAAUUCACCAUCUUUAUCCUCUUCCAAUUGCUGCAACUGGCUAGGCAUCACAUAGGUCCUCUUCCAGUAUCCCAUUUUCAUCUCGCCAAUUUGGAAGUAGCUGAUUUGAGUAGUAAUAAAUUCAAUAGGGUUUUGCCAGUUCACAUAAACCUGCCUGCACUUCAAGUAUUAGACCUCUCUGAUAAUGUGUUAAGGGGUUUCCUUCCAUCCGAUUUAUGUGUUAACUCCACCAGAAUUCGACUUCUUAGAUUUGCUUUGAAUUACUUCAAUGAAACUAUUCCACCCCAAUUCCGAAAUUGCACUUUUCUUCAACAUCUGGACGUGGCUUGCAAUUCUAUAUCAGGUAUCAUGCCAGACUUCUUAUUUAGGCUACCUAACUUGCAGGAAUUGGCACUCCAGGACAACAUGUUCACUGCCAUUGGCGGAAUUGCUUUCCGAAUUUAA